AUGGCUUUUUCUUACACAAAGAAUUACUACCAUAUCCUAGGCCUUGAGGCGCCAAGCUGGGGCACCAAAGAUCAAGGCCCUGCGGUCGAGGUACGCAGAGCAUACAAAAUUGCGCUGCUGACGGCGCAUCCGGACAAGACGCGCGCCGCUACUCCCAAGACGAAAGCCGCAUACACGGUAGACGAUGUAAAGGAGGCAUACAUGGUACUAGCAGACCGUACUCGAAAAGCAGAGUACGACAACUGGCUGCUUCAUAACGGCGAUACGCUGCACUCCUCGCUGCCUUUGUCAACGUCGUCACAUCUACGAGAACCCAGUACCGACUUUAUCCUCGGCCUCGAAUUGCUCGAUCUUAGCGACUUUGAUGUCGUCGAGACGACGGGCACGACUACUACCCCUUCGACCGAAGAGGGUACUGGGGCCAUGGAGUGGACAAGACCGUGUCGCUGUGGUGCGGACAAGGGGUUCAGGAUACUGGAGGAAGAGCUCGAAGAUGCGGAGACGAGGGGCGAGAAAGAGGUGCUGGUGGGCUGUGAGGGGUGCAGUUUGUGGCUGAGGGUCGCGUUUGAUGUCGAGGAGGGGUGA